UUUGAAAGCGUUUACUUUUUUUGCAUCGACGAGGCAACAAUCCUAACAACAAAACACAAAGAGAUCCUGCUAGUCAGACUCCCUCGUCCGGAAUCGCUUUAUUGCCUUUAUUUCGUUCAUGUUUGCUCGUUAGAAAAUAGAAACUAAGCUUAGACUGCGAUCAUUCAAAAGCCUUUUACGAGUCGGAACGUACAAAUAUCAGCGGCUUGUUGCCAGUGCUGAUAGCGCAACACGGGAAAGGCCUGUGUGCGCUCCGGAUGCAGUUUCUCUUUGCCAGGAGGGAGCGGGUGGAGCAUUGUUUGAUUGCUCUUCCCCUAGAUUUAACCUUUGGGAGCUCGCCGCGGGGAAAGCGAUAUUUAGAUAUUAAAUACGUGGGCUCUAGGUUUGAGGGUGUAUAGUGAAAGACAGCACCCGUCUCUGAGUCAUGUCGGUAACCCUGCCCAACCGUUCCCAGACAGGCUGGCCCCGCCGGGGGCUGAAUCAAUUCGAUAACAAAUACAUGCAGCAGAACAAACCGCUCACGCUGGAGAGGACCAUCAACCUGUACCCGCUAACCAAUUACACUUUUGGCACGAAGGAGCCUCUGUAUGAGAAAGACAGCUCGGUCGCGGCGCGGUUCCAGCGCAUGCGGGAGGAGUUUGACAAGACUGGAAUGAGGCGGACGGUGGAGGGGGUCCUGAUCGUCCACGAGCACAGACUGCCUCACGUUUUGUUAUUGCAGCUGGGGACUACGUUUUUCAAACUACCUGGAGGAGAACUCAACCCGGGGGAAGAUGAAGUGGAAGGACUGAAGCGUCUUAUGACGGAGUUUUUUAACCCACAGAUUCUUGGGCGUCAGGAUGGUGUGCAGCAGGAUUGGGUAAUUGAUGACUGCAUUGGAAAUUGGUGGAGACCAAACUUUGAACCCCCGCAGUACCCAUAUAUUCCUGCUCACAUCACUAAACCUAAGGAACACAAGAAGCUUUUCCUGGUGCAGUUGCAGGAAAAAGCUCUGUUCGCUGUGCCAAAAAACUACAAACUUGUAGCGGCUCCCUUGUUUGAGUUGUAUGAUAACGCCCCAGGCUACGGACCCAUCAUCUCCAGUCUGCCACAGCUUCUUAGCAGGUUCAAUUUUAUUUACAACUGAUCGCCACCAAGUUUUCCAGCACACUUGAUUAACUGAUUGAUUGAGGAAACUGUCUCUGUGAGCACAGCUUCAGAAAGUGCAAGAAGAUAUGGACGAAAGUUCCUUGGAAUACAAUAACAAAAAAAAGUUAAUUGUUUUGUUACAGCGGUGUAAAGUGUCUCCUUGUUUUAAGAAAUUGGUUAAACUUGAUUUAAAAAAAAAAAAAAAAUAAAAAUAAAAGUGAAUUGUUUUAAAUAAUGGAGUGAAGGCUUUGUGUUAAACAUUUAUCAUUUUUAGUAUAGCUACCACUUUUGUACUUCAUUAAAAGUGUUGCCCAAUGCCUGGA